UAGCUAGCUACCUUCAUAUACAUCUCCAUAAUCUCUACAACCCCAAUCCUAAACCUUCUCCAUUAAGAAUAAUCUCUCUCUCUCUCUCCUCUCCUCUGAAAUGGCUCCACUAGAAAAAACUGGAGAAGAAAGAGAAGGGAUUAAACUGUUUGGCAUAACGAUCACGUUGCAUGCAGCAGAAAGAAAAGAAGAUGAGAAAAGCAGCAAUGGUAGCGAAGAAGAUGAUGAUCAUGAUCAUGGAGAAGAUCAAGAAGAGAUGAUGAAGAAACCAAACAAGAUCAUAGCAUGUCCAAGAUGCAAGAGCAUGGAAACCAAGUUUUGUUACUUCAAUAACUACAACGUUAAUCAGCCUAGGCAUUUCUGCAAGGCCUGCCACAGGUAUUGGACCGCCGGAGGGGCCCUUCGCAACGUCCCGGUCGGUGCAGGCCGCCGAAAGGGUAAGCUGCCGUGCCCUGCCGCCGCCCGUCACGGUGGUGCCAUCUGUGAUUCAUCAUCCACUGUUCAGAAAUUUGGAUUAGAUGAUGAAGAGGGGUUGGUUUUGGACGAGUGGGAUGUUGCCACCGUCAUUCACGGUGGUUUCCGGCAGCUUUUUCAUCAGUCGUCUAAACGGCGGAGGACGAGCUCUGAGGAUGGUCAACCUUGUUAAGUUAUUUUUCUUUUCUUUUGUAAAUGGAUAAUCUGUGAAAGUGUAUUUCUUUUUCUUCGGAAAAUACAUUUUCCUUUAUUUCAAUUUUAAUUUUGAUUUGUUUUUCUCUUUUUUUUUUUUGUUGAAAACUCAGGUGAAGUUGAUAUCUGAGAGCCGUUAGAUAAAAAUUUAAUCAAAUCAGUUAAAUUAUCUAACAGCUUUCAAGUAUCAAUUUCACGUGAAAUCGAAUUUAUCUGAGUUUCCACCUUCUUUCUUUCUUUUGAUUUAUGAGGCUUUUUUUUAGUGGCCUAUCCUCACAAAAAAUUACUGAUAGGAAUAAUUAACUUUAAUAAAGUGAACUAAAUACAC